AAUCAUAUCCUACCCUACACAGGGACACCAUCCCAUGGUAUGUCUUGCGCAACAUUUCUGCAGGCAGCUUGACCAUGGGCCGAGUGUCAGAGUUAUCAACAACUUUAUCGUCGUGUUCUUGUCAUUUACCCGAAAUAAUAGGCGCCUUGCGCCACAGCGAUAAGACAUAUUGAUAAGUGGCACGUUUUCUUAUCGCUCACCACCAACCUGCCAUCACAGCGCAUGUAAGUAUCUGCUCCUGUCAUGUUCCUACUGACUGUGAGAACCAAAACUAGAUUCGAUGUCGAAUAAUGCCGUAUCUCCACAAGCCUUUGCACCCUUUAUUCGAAAGGAGGUGCUUCAGGCCGAAAUGACGCUCAAGGGUCACGAGGAUUGGGUGAGAGACAUUGCUUUCAUCCCUGGUACCCGUCUCUUCGUCACUUGCUCUGACGACAAAAGUAUUCGGCUCUGGAACCUGGACACAGGGAAACAAGUGGGGAAGCCCUUAUCGGGUCAUAGUGACUAUGUCUUGAGGGUUGCAGCAUCUCCUGAUGGGCAUUGGAUUGCCAGUGGAGCAUCAUGGUAUGGGAGCCUGAACGUGCCGGUUUCAGACGUGUUCAAGGGCCAUAGGAGGGACAUCUGGAGUGUCAUGUUUGCGCCGGACAGCAAAACAUUUGCAAGCGCAUCAUACGACAAAACGGUUUGCGUGUGGCAGAGGGAGACAGGCAAAAUCACCCUUGGACCAUUUCAAGUGGGUGGUGAGGCACACUCGGUAUCAUACUCUCCCGAUGGGAGUAAGCUAGCAGCAGGCACCGAGACAUAUAUCAUAUUAUGGGACGCAACGAGCGGAGAAGAAUUGUUGAAGAUAGAACAGCGGGCAUGGCUGGUCGCGUUCACUUUAGAUGGCCUCCGUCUCAUCAGCGGGAAUUUCAACGACAUUCGAAUAUCACGCACUGCCACUGGAGAAAUCAUCAAACAAUUUGACGCACACACUGAUCUUAUCCAAUCAUUGGCCAUUUCUCCUGAUGGCACGAAAUUCGCUACUGCGUCAAGCGACAAAACAACACGAUUAUUUGACCUGACCACAUUGGAACCCAUCGGCGAGCCACUCGAGUGCCCCGAUGCACUGUACUGCGUCACUUUCUCCGAGGACAGCCAGCUCAUUGUGACUGGCUGUGUUGAUAGACUCGUUCGCAUAUGG